AUGGAUCGCGUCCUUGACGCAUUACUGGAGCUCUGCCGCAACCGGGGAUACCUUGACCACCCGGUAGGCCUCUCAAACGAAGACGUUCGGGAUGGUCUGAACGAUGAAACAACUCUUCUAUGGAGCCCUCAAGCGUGCAGUUUGAGGAAGCCCAAGAAAUCCGCGCCUCAGUCGAUGCAACAGCAGCAUAUGACACCAUCAGCAUCACCGACUUUGAAAAUACCAAGAACAUGGUACGUACGACCCGUCAACAUGAGCCUAGGUAAGAUGAAAAAAGAAAUCUUGGAAACGAACGGGCGGGAAAGUGAAGCUAAUCCUCCGUCGGAACCCCCAAUCUCCGUCUAUCCAUAUGGCGGGGGACUCAACAUCAAGCCGGUGGAUUUUGCCACGCAGCUUUGCCCUGGCAUUUCUCAAGCCAUUAAGUGGGAGGGAACUUCUCUCCGCGAGAUCCCCGCUGGGCCUACCAAGUUCAUUAUUGACGAGCAAGGUGGAAAGAUCAGGAAGGAACUGGUGGCCCGGCUUCCAUGA